AUGUCCGCACCUGUCUCGAUCCCUUCUCCCCGAUCAUCCACUCCGGAGUCCGACUCUCGACUAUCCGAAUCACCUCCCACUCUGGACCCGAGCACGCUUGCGCUGCUCAACGAUUUCAUCGCGCACAAAACCGAAACGGAGCGCCGUUUCAAUGAUCUGGCGGGAGAGGCUGCGCAGCAAAUCGCAGGCGGCGGUGCGGAAGGCGGGGACGAGGAGGCGAAGCCCAUGAUGAGCGUGGACGAAUACCGCGAAACGUUCACCGAGGACUGGCAAUUGAGCCAAUUCUGGUAUACCACCGCAUUCUCGAUGAGUUUCGCGAGGCUCUUGCAUAAAAUGUGCACACCGGAAACGUCCAUUGCUUUUCUGUGCUGUCCUACCGCGUUUGUGGGCUUUCAACAUCUGAAACCGCACAAGAACGCCCGGGUCCUAGAAGUGGACGGCCGGUUCGCCGUCCUUGCUGGGAGACACUACGUUCCAUAUGACAUGGAAGAGCCCACUGAGCUUCCGGCGUAUCUCGACAACAGCGUCGAGAUCGCUGUCGUCGAUCCCCCGUUCUUGAAUGAGGCAGGUCGUCUCGUUCGCCUCGCGUUGCGUUUCUGA